AUGAAAGGAGUGCGUGGAGCUGUGGGAAUAAAAGGACAGCGAGGCAUUGCGGGAAUGAAAGGAAGAAAAGGAGACAAAGAAGAGAAAGGAGAAAGCGUCAAAGCAAGUCAAGCAAAUGCCGUACCACAAACCAACUGGAAACAAUGUGUGUGGAAAUCACUCAGCGGUACUGAUAACGGAAAGAUUAAGGUAAACAGAAUAAGAAUCAUAACACACUCCUAAGAAAAAUUGUUCUUUUGUUGAUAUAUUCAGCAUUUUAAUAGUGAGCUUAAAAGAGGUUUUGAGCCGGACUCACGUCAACCGAAAGUGCGUUUUUUUUGCAUCCUUGGGCAGUAUUCUGCCGAGCAGUAUGAUGCCCAGAUUUUCGGGGAAAGUGUUCUAUUAAGACUAUUAUAUUAGUAAUAGAAAUUUGGGUUUCAUGACAUAUUAAACAAGAUAAAGGUCUCUCUUCCUAUUGAGGUGCGUCGAAUGCCUUUGCUUGAGCACCCUAUUAAAAGAAGAAAGAGGAGAUAAUGUUGUGCCAAAAUUUAACAGAAAGAAAAUGUAAAAAUGUAAGGUCGGCACCAUCUCACAAUGCACGGCAAUGGUUAGAAAGGAUGUCAGAAACUUUGCAUCGGCUUUAAAACAAUGCUGAAUGAAAGACAUUAAUUAAAAGAACGUCUAUUCGCGUUGGCCGUUUUGGAAAUUAGCGAGCAAAAAAUACAAAAUAAUAGUAAGUCUUGUUUUAAGUUCACCACCGCCCACAACUAACCAACAAUGGUUUCCGCAACCACAAUAACAAUUUGCAUUUCUAGCUUUUAUCUAAAACAAAGGGUGUUAUCACUCACGUUCAAAGGUUUGUUUUUAUGAAUUUUAAAACACGCAAUGAAUCAAUUUUGGUUUGGUGACAACCAAUGCCAAAUUUUUGCGUUGAUAGCUCGUUUUCUAAAUUCGUCGUUUACAGGUCGUUUUCCCUUCUCUAGCUUAGAAUCAGUGGUCAAAUGAAACGUAGUCUUUGUGCAUGUACACUACAGUUUUUGUCGUUCUGUUUACGCCCUAACGUUCUAGUAAACUAUAAAUGAACCGGUCGGCCGCUAAAACAGUCGUUGAUUUUAGUUUCUUCUAUUCUAAUUUGAUGUUCACAGUUUAUCGGUUAGCUUCGGUUCAUCCGAUUAGUUCUUUAAAAGAAUUAACACAGUUUACUUGCCUCGCCAAAACAAGGAGGAAUUAGAUAUAAUAUAUGUCGCAAAGAUAAGACAGACCAAUAUAAAUGUCGCUGUUUAAUGAACAUGGCAAUGUCAGCAUCGAUAAUCAGAAUGCCGUUUCUUCUCUUUCUUUUUAUUUCUUAAAAAAAGUUUCAAUUUAACGAGAAGGCCUGCAAAAGUUUUUUCAAAGGUACUUCCCUUUGCCAUUUCAAAUCACAACAACGAACAAUAAAGUUAAAAGAGUCGGCAUUGUCCAAUCAGUUUUAUCAGUUAUAGUGUGGUCAGUAUUUCCUGAUUGGCUGACGUCUCCGGCCUCUAUUGUUCUAUUCUCUAUAUAUUUGCGAUACCACCCGGAUGGUUUGGGCGGAUCAGUAAAACCAGGGCACCACAAACUUCUCUUGCCAACACUUAAAGAUAACAAAAUACAAUCUCACGCUCAAUCUCAAGCACCAACCAGCAUAGUUAUUUAUAUUCAAUGAGGCGAUUUCAAAUCAUUUUUAUAUUACAUCGUUAUGCACAUCAGAUGCAUUGCUUGCAUCUGAUUAACCCAGGUAGCAUUGGGGUCUCACUCAAGGAAGCUGAAUUAAAGCACAUGGAAAUUAAGGCACCGUUUCCAUUGUUUCAACAGAAUAUUAUAUCAAUAGAUGGAGGCUAAGCAGGUCACUGAAGUGAAACAGAAUGGGACAGUGGUAAAGAAAUAUUUUGAUUACGAGGCCGGUGGCUUCUAAUUCAUACGUGUAGACAAGAACGAAGAUUGAAAAGAUACAUUUGUCAUAGUCAGUUACAUCAUCAAGGAUAGUAAUUUCAAGUUUAUCUUAAACUCCAUCCAGAAAAAAAGAAAAAAAAAAAAAAAAAAAAAAAACUUUCUAAGGUUUUUAAACUUCUCUUAAUUAAACAGGAGCACCAGACGUCAAUUUUCGGAAAAUAUCUGUGCGGAAGACGAUUUAAGAUCUAGAAUAUUCCGAACAUUUGUUGUAAAAUUUUUUCGUUGCCUGCUUCUGCUAGGAUUUUCGAACAUCUAAAAAAUGGUAAAAAUUCCCCAUUUUUUAACGGAUUUUUACCCUAAAAAGGUCACCCAGAAUUUUCUGGAGCCUUUUUUUCUGGCUGAAAUUUUUGAAAAGGGAUGUUUUGAUCCCUAUAAUUUUCGGAUCACUAUACUUUUUCUAGGAAAUCCGAACAGAUGAAAAAUUUUUAGGGGAUAGAAAUAUGCCUAUAUCUACUGUUUAAUUACUAAAAUACGGUCAAAAAUGCUAUGUUUACGAGGUUUUAAACUAUAUUCUCGAUGGGUUUCCCUGAUUGAACUCAAAAGGUUUUAAAUGGUUCGUUCAGCGAUCUUUAGAAAGCUAAUGUAGACUAUCUACAGUUGUCAAAUUUACAAUAGAAAGAAAAAUAGACAAAGGAGUGGAAGGAGAAAGCGCCAAAGCAAAUCAGGCAAGUGUAGUAACACAAACCAACUGGAAACAAUGUGUGUGGAAAUCAGGCAGCGUUACUGAUAACGGGGAAAAUUAAGGUAUACGUAAAUGGAAUGAGAAUCAUGAAUCACACACUCCAAAGAAAAUUCAUUCCUUUUCAAAUAAAAUAUUUUUAAGAACGUUCCCACUCUAAUCCAUGGAAUUCUUCCAAACUAAUGCCAAUUGCCAACACAUAACAUAUUAGACAACUAUCAAAUUACAUUUCCCUUAACUUUGUUUCGUGUGGAUAGAAAAAAGGAAAGCCAUCGUACAUGAAUAAAAUGAUUCCUGACCAUAUGGAUAUGGGCAACAAAACUUUAAGCUAUUACCAAUUUUAAAUUAGGAGGUAAUCUUGGCUGCAUUGAGUUGGUAUCACUACAAGAGAGGAUAAAGGACAGAGAGGGAAACCCCCAGUGUAGCCCUUGGUGAAUUUCACCAAAGUUAAUUUUAGAUCAAUCAAACCCUUGAAAUUCAUACGAGGUUGGUUUUCGGAGACGUCCUCAGUUUCAUUUAAUUAUGAGAAAUAAUUGGGCAUUAUGCUCCCUUGGUGAGUCGGUAUUAACAUAUUCGGCAUUGUUUGCUUUGAGGCAGUCGCGCGUGGACUCGAUGACGUUUCAAACAAUCGAUUGAAACAUUUAGACGUCUUAGGAAUCAGACUCUACAAAUAACUUUAAUUUAUUAAUAAUUUAUAUAUCCUUGUCAUCUUAUCCGAUUGCCUCUCUGUCCAAUUAUUCACUCUUGAUAUCUAUCAUUACCCUGUCGGUCGACUUAGUACAGUAUGUUUGAUUCUAUUCCAGUACCGUGCGUUUAACAAACUACAUUCUAGCUCAGCACUCAGAGUCUCAUUCCAGGGAAACAUGAGGGUCUGA